AUGUUGUAUUAUUGGUUCUUAUUCAACCUCUACAUUAUUCGCAUCCCAUUUGUUGAAAGUGUAACUGCUGUUUCCGAUUCUCAACAGUUGGAUAAUAAUGUAAUAGAACUUAAUGAAACACAGGUUGCUAUUGAUAACCAUUUGUUACCAGUUAACAAAAUUGACAAAUGCAAGAUAUGUGUGGUUUUCCUGGAAGAUUUAAAAUUGGUUAUCAACGGAACAGCAUCUCCAGUUGUCAGCCAGGUACAGUCAAAUCAGAUUUCGAAACAGAGAAAGCACGUUUCCAAAAUUGGGGAAAGUUUCAAUGAAAGAUUAGGAAAUGGAGUCGGGAGGUCAGUUGAUUUCCCUGUCGAGAAUGUUUUAGAGAAAAUGUGGGAGACUUCUAUCCAUCUGGAUGGCGUUAAAGUGAUGAAUCGAUAA